CUUACAAGUAGUAAAUGUGGCCAGUAUGUUGACAUUGGGAUCCUAGCAUCUGAUUUACAGAAAACCUACAGUGCAGACUAUGGACGAAGAAAACGAAAUGCUUUUAGAAUACAAGUUGAAAAAGUGUUUGGAAUAAUCAGUAAUGAAAAAGAACGUGAAGAUUCAGCAGGUUUAGAAGCUGAACAUGUGGCAAAAAGAGCAAGACAGCAAGAGAAAAAUGAGACUGCAGGAAGUGCCACAGAUGACUCUGAUUAUGAUGAUUAUCCAGAAGAUCUAUCUACAAAUCACAUGAACAGUUCCCUGCUAAGCUUAUACAAGAAAGGAAAUCCUGACUCUGUUCCAACCACUCCAAAAAAUGAAUCAAUGGAAACCCCCGCUCCUGUGCAAACAGCACCUCAAACCAGCACCCUCUCAUUAGGAGCAAGAGUUGAAACACGCAUCUCUGAGGGUGGCUGGUUCAUUGAUAAAACUCCAUGUGGAAAAGACUUUCUCAUUGACCUUUCUGAGGAUGGAGAAGGAGAUGAAAAGAAACCGAUUUCUGAGAAAUCAACAGAAGUGUCUGUCUUGGAGAGUGAAAGAAAGAAGACAAAGGGCAAGAGAGCAAAAAGAAAAAAAGAAGAAUUUCCAGAUGUGGAUGGAGAAAUUAAUUCCAUCUUGCUUAAAGAGAAAGUUAGGAGUAAGGGACCAGAGCUUUACCACCCUUCAGUGAAGUUUGAGGAUGUAGGAGGCAAUGAUGGAACUUUAAAGGAAAUAUGCAAAAUGCUCAUUCAUGUCCGUCACCCUGAAGUCUAUAAGCACUUAGGCGUGGUUCCACCUCGGGGUUUUCUUUUACAUGGACCACCAGGAUGUGGAAAGACACUACUUGCACAGGCAAUUGCUGGGGAACUUGAGCUCCCAAUGCUGAAAGUGGCAGCAACAGAGGUGGUGUCUGGAGUGUCAGGGGAAUCUGAGCAGAAACUGAGAGAACUGUUUGAGCAGGCUGUGUCCAGUGCACCAUGUGUCCUUUUCAUUGACGAGAUUGAUGCCAUCACCCCAAAAAGAGAAGUUGCAUCGAAGGACAUGGAGCGGAGAAUUGUCGCUCAGUUCCUAACUUGUAUGGAUGACUUGAAUAACGUGGCUGCGACUACCCAGGUCCUUGUUAUUGGAGCAACUAACAGACUUGACUCACUGGACCCUGCACUGAGGCGAGCUGGGAGGUUUGAUCGGGAAAUUCGUUUAGGGAUCCCAGAUGAAGCAGCAAGAGAAAAAAUUCUUCGGACUUUGUGUCGAAAACUUAAGCUCCCAGAAUCCUUUGAAUUUCAUCACUUAGCACGGCUGACUCCAGGUUAUGUAGGUGCUGAUCUGGUGGCACUUUGUCGUGAGGCAGCUAUGUGCACAGUGAACAGGGUCCUGAUAAAAUCUGAGCAGCAGAAAAGGAAACACAUACACGCUGGAGGAAAUUCAGCUGAAGAAAGCAUGGGAAUAGAAACGGAUAUCCUGGAUGAAUUGCAGAGGCUUUUGGAUUUGCUGAAGAAGCAAGACCCCUUGCCUGAGGAGCAGCUGCAGAAGCUGUGCAUUGAGAUGAAUGAUUUUAUUGUUGCACUGUCAUCUGUGCAACCCUCUGCCAAGAGAGAAGGCUUUGUCACAAUUCCUGAUGUGACAUGGGCAGAUAUCGGAGCCCUGGAGGACGUUCGGGAGGAGCUGACUAUGGCAAUAUUGGCGCCUGUGCGAAACCCAGAGCAGUUUAAAGCUCUUGGCCUGACUACUCCAGCUGGUGUCCUCCUUGCAGGGCCUCCUGGAUGUGGUAAAACACUGUUAGCUAAGGCUGUGGCAAAUGAGUCUGGACUGAACUUUAUAUCUGUGAAAGGCCCUGAACUGCUAAAUAUGUAUGUUGGCGAAAGUGAGCGUGCUGUACGUCAGGUAUUCCAGCGAGCCAGGAAUUCAGCCCCUUGCGUUAUAUUCUUUGAUGAAGUUGAUGCUUUGUGCCCUCGGAGGUCUGACCGUGAAUCAGGAGCCAGCGUCCGAGUAGUUAACCAGUUACUCACAGAGAUGGAUGGUCUGGAGAAUCGUCAGCAGGUUUUCAUUAUGGCUGCCACAAACAGGCCAGAUAUAAUUGACCCAGCUAUCCUGCGCCCUGGGAGACUGGAUAAAACGCUUUAUGUGGGUUUGCCACCACCUGAAGAUCGACUUGCUAUUUUAAAGACCAUCACCAAAGAUGGCACCCGGCCUCCACUAGAUACUGAUGUAAGCCUUGAAGAGAUUGCUUACAGUCAACAUUCUGAUUGUUAUACAGGGGCAGACCUUUCCGCUCUAGUGCGUGAAGCUUCAAUUUGUGCCUUAAGACAGCAAAUGGCCCUGCAGAAUACUCAAAGCAAGAAAGGAGCAAUCAAGAUUUCCUGUAAACACUUUGAGGAAGCUUUUAAGAAAGUGAAAUCUUCAGUAUCAAAAAAGGAUCAAAUCAUGUAUGAAGAACUGCGUCAGUCACUGUGCAGGUGAUAAAUUUGGACAAUCCCCAAGAGACUCUACGUUGGUGGAGAUUUGGCAAUACCUGUGCCUGAUUUCAAGAGACAGGCUGGAAAGAAGCUGUGCUAAAUCUCUCAGAACCUUUUUAAGUGUACCUGGGAAAAAGGUCAUAAUGAUCUACUACUCUAAACCAUCCUUAAUUGUUUCCAGAAUAAAAAAUACAAUAUAAUUCCUGCUUAU